AUGAGUUCUGGCGGCAGCCGCGCCCUUCACCCCGAGGAGCUUUUCCUCAACGAUUCCCCUGGCAGGCAAGAGUCGCCUGUCAUCGGCCCUCUGCGCAUCACCAAACGAGACUCGUCAUCUCCAGCAUCGGCAGCAGGAUCCAGCCCCCCACCAAAUGCCCCGCUGCCCUACCCUGAUGAUCGACCACGGCCCCAGAUACGCACCGCGAGUCCAAAUGAAAGAUAUCCCGACAAUGUGAGAUACGGGUCUCCGCCAGCUGGUUCUGGUUCAGUGAGCCCUAACGAAUAUCCCUCAGCUCUGCGUCCGCGGGACGGUCGUGAGCCUCGGGUGGCGACUCUGGCCGAGCGGCGUGGUGCUGCCCCUAAGCCGCUGCCCGAAUCCCCUGGCCCGGAUGCGCCAGACCGUGAGACCCUAGCAGCUAGGCCCUACCCCCGGCCGCCUGCUGGUCCUGCGCCUGGUCCCCCGGCAGAGACUUCUAUAAAUGCGAAUCAAUAUGACUACCGUCAACAAUACUACCCACCGCCUUCCCGGCAGAGCUCGGUGGCUAGACCCCCGUCCAGCCUGCAGCCCCCGCAAGGCUCGAUCAAUCGUAUCAGUUCUACUGCCUCAACCUCGACAACCCGUGCCCAGCGGGGUUCUCCACCGCCACCAGAAACUCCCGUCGUUGGGCCUGGCCAGCAACCUGGGUCUGAUAUUGAGGCUCGCUAUGCGGCUGCUGGCAUCGCAGGUACAGGAACACUCGCGGGUAUUCAAUCGCACAAUGCUGCAGCACAAAGACGAGCUGAGCAGUACUUUGGACAACAGCCGACUCUCCAACAACCUCCACAGCCUCGUCCAUGGACUCCAACUGAGCAGCCGGGAUCCCAACCCCAUGGACCUCCUACUGUUUAUCAAGGUGCAGAGGUUGUGAGCGAGGACAGUCAUCCAGCUGCCGCUCAUCCCGGCCAGUAUAGCAGCCCUCCUCCCCAGUCACACCCGGGACAGUACAGCAGUCCACCCCCUCUGUCUCAUCCGGGUCAAUACAGCAGCCCUCCUCCUCAAUCUCACCCAAGCCAAUACAGUGGCUCGCCAUCCCAGUCGCACCCGACGUCCGUGUUGCCGCAGCAGCAAGAGCCCCCAGAGAGACGUUCCAAUGCCCUUGAGCAUGAUAUGGACCGGAUGCGCCUCAGUUCUUCGCCCCCUCCUGCGUACUCAAGUGUCUCUGGUCCCGCUGGUUCGAAUGGGUACCCUAAUGAAAAGCAGAGCGGGGCUGCAGCCGCCGCUGGAGCUGCAUUGACGCACCCAGCUUUGGCGAAUCAGCAUCCGGCUCUUGCCAAUGCGCCUUCACCUGCGCCGACACCCUCGACACAGGAUCAUCCCGCAUUUGCACAUGACCCAAGGCAGCAGCAGAUGGGACAGUCCCCGCAAGCGAGUGAUAUGUCCGGCUUCCAUCAACAGACAGUCCAAGUAACUUCUCCUGGCCCCGCAGGUCCAACCCCAGCAUCUCCGCCGCCUCUUCCUGAAGGAUGGAUCGCCCACAUGGACCCGAGCUCUGGGCAAUAUUAUUAUAUCCACUUGCCUACGCAGUCAACUCAAUGGGAGUUCCCGAAGGGACCUACACCACUGAACCUUAAUGAGACACCCUUGUCUCCGGUUGGGAGUGUUUAUAGCGCCCAUCCGCUGGCUUCUCCAGGUCUUUCAGCUUUUGGGAAACCUCUUGCAUCCCCCGGUGUACCAUUGACUCCUGGUUUUGAGAGUUUGCAGUCUCCUAUGCCUGGAUUCUCAGGCCCCCCUCCCAGUAGCGGCAUGGACCUCUACAAAACCACCCCUACAAACGGUGUCUACUUUGGUCCCUACCUGCGUUAUACCAAUAUGGAUCUCGAGCGAGGGGUCUGGUUGGGAUCCAUUCUUCUCGUAACGGAUGCCGCACAGCCACCUACGAUCCACAUGCACCAGAGUGUGGAUCUGUCUCCAAACCCACGGCAGCUCAAGGCAAUCAACAUUGCCGCACAUCAGCGGUGGACAUUCUACAAGUAUGAGAUUGACGUGCAGAUGGACGAUGCGGGCCCCGCAAAGUGGACUUAUGCAAUCACCUCGCACCUGGGCUGCACUCGCUACGAGUUCCUUGUCGCUGGCCGACAUGAAACUAAUUGGCGCUUCAUUGCCACCUCUGGAAAUGACUUCUCGCUGAAUGUCAAUGCCAAUGAGCGUGCUCGCCUGGGUGGUGUUGGCUUUAUGUGGAAAGAUAUCAUGCAAAAGCACAGUGAGAUUGGAGGAUUCCAUGCUCAACUAUGCCUGGGUGGUCAGAUCUAUGCAGAUCGCAUGUGGAAGGAAAUCCCAUCUCUCAAGCAGUGGCUCACUCUCAGCGGCAAGGAAGCUAGAAAGAACGCACCUUGGACUGCAGCCAACCAACAAGAUGUCUCCCAUGCAUACUUCCACUACUAUACCAGCCACUUCGACCAGCCCUACAUGAGAGAGUCUUUUGCGCAAAUUCCCUACAUCUGCCAAAUUGACGACCAUGAUAUCUUUGAUGGUUUUGGCUCUUAUCCUGAGCACAUGCAGUUCUCAAACAUGUUCAAAAACAUUGGCCGCGUUGGUAUCGAGAUGUAUCUUCUCUUCCAGCACCAUACAACUCUCGAUAUCCUCCGCAAUGUCAACAACGACAUGGACCUUUUCACCAUCACUGGCACUGGCUGGCACUUUGUCAAGUAUUUGGGUCCUGGCGUAGUUGUCGUCGGGCCCGAUUGUCGCUCGGAACGAAACCCCCAUCAGGUUAUGGCCGGUCCCACGUACCAGGGUCUCUUCCCAAAGAUUGCAAUGCUACCUUCUAGCGUGCAGCAUUGCCUCUGGAUGGUUUCUGUACCGCUUAUCUAUCCUCGACUAGAGACUGCAGAGCAUAUCGCCCAGACUGUCGCUACAGGAAAGCGCGCUGUGACCGGUGCAUACAAUGUCCUCGGCAAGGUGACCAGCUCCGUGGCCGGUGUUGUAGGCGCGAAGGACUUUGUAGGAUCAGGCUUCGACUCAGUGAAGAGAGCUGUGGGUAAAUCUGGACUUAUGGGUGGCAUUCUAAGUCCCUUCGGCGAAUUUGAUCUCAUGGACGAGUUGCGCGAUCAGUGGACGCACGAAUCAAAGGAUCUCGAACGGACUUACCUUAUCCGCACCCUUCAGGGUAUUGCACACCAAAAGUCCCUGCGUAUGACCUUCCUCUCUGGUGCAGUGAACGUCUGUGGCGCCGGUCUCGUCCAUGACCCUUCCCAGCCUUCAGACCACAAGACUAUGUAUCAACUUAUUGCUUCUCCUGUCGUCAACACCCCUCCCCCAUCCUAUAUCAUUAAACUCCUGCACAGUCACAGCAAGCCACUGUAUGUUCCGGCCAACGGCCAUCGAUCCUCGGCCCAACCGAGCGAUACCAAGGAAGAUAUGAUGGAAAUCUUCCAGACAGAUGUCAACGGUCAGGCCCGUGAGUAUCGCAAGCUCAUGGCCCGCCGUAAUUAUGUCGCUAUCGUCGCCUAUGAUCCGGAAUCUGUCAACCCUACUACAUAUGGCAACGUAUCACAGGGCUCUAAGAGCAAGCUGAGUCUGGCGGCUGAUUUCAUGGUCCAGGGAGAAGGUGCCUAUGGGAAUGUGGUCAAAUUCGGUCCUGUUAUCGUGCCAAGUCUGGAGCAGGGUCGGUGA